AUGGAGAAAAUCUCACCUCUGUUUAUUCUACAGAUCCUGCUGGGUAUCUGUAGACUCUGUGUUCUUCAGGAGAUCUCAGCUGAUCUCAGAUCUGUGUCUCCUGGAGAAAACAUCACCCUGCACUGCAGUGUUUCUGCAGAUUAUGAGAUUUCAUGGUUUCAUCAGAACUCUGAGCAGCAGAUGAAGCUGCUGGUCUCUGCUGCACGAGGACAAAUAAAUAAAUCAUUUACUCGAAAUUAUAAUGUAAAUGAAGUUCAUUAUGAGCUCAAUGAGAACAGCAGUUCAGUGAGUUUAGUGAUUAAAGGAGUUAAUGAUACAGAUCUGGGACUGUAUCACUGUGGAGGAAGAAACACAUCAUCACUCCUACAGUUCGGAAAACCAAUUAGACUCACCUUCACAGAAACAGAAACUACACCUGGUCCAGCUGAAGAUCCGAACCCGAACACUGAAAGUCCUGCAGGUUCUGCAGAUCCGGCUCCUGUGCGGAGUUUAAUUAUAACUCUGAUGUGUGUGUGUUCUGCUUCCGUCCUGAUCAACAUCAUAGGAGUGUGUGUGUUCUGUUACAGAGUGCAAGGAUCACUUUACACUCUCUGGAGAAACACCAGCACCACUAAUUUAGCAGAUAAGGAGCAGCAUGAGCUUCAGUACGCCAGUCCCGUCUACAACAGAGAUCUUACAGAUACGGCUAAUGAAAACACAGAGUCCUCGCCGGACACUGUCAUCUACGCUAAAGUCCUACGACCCGGCGAACGAUCACCAACCUGAACCAUAACCUUCUACCAUAACAUCCAUACUAUCACAUCUAAACCAUCACCAGUACCAUAACAACUAACAGACUGAACCACAACCUUCUACCAUAACAUCCAUACUAUCACAUCUAAACCAUUACCAGUACCAUAACAACUAACAGACUGAACCACAACCUUCUACCAUAACAUCCAUACUAUCACAUCUAAACCAUUACCAGUACCAUAACAACUAACAGACUGAACCACAACCUUCUACCAUAACAUCCAUACUAUCACAUCUAAACCAUUACCAGUACCAUAACAACUAACAGACUGAACCACAACCUUCUACCAUAACAUCCAUACUGUACCAUAUAAAUUAUUACCAGUACCAUAACAACUAACAGAAUGAACACCAGCCAGCUAAUCUAGGACUGAAAACCAGAGACUAAAAAUCAAAGAGACUGAAAACCACUAGGACUGAAAACCACCAAGAAUAAAGACAGCUAAGACUAAAAACCACUAGGACUGAAAACAACUGAGAAUGAAAAGCAGAGACUGAAAACCACUUGGACUGAAAACCAGUGAGACUAAAAAACAAAGAGACUGAAAAUCAAAGAGACUGAAAAUGAAAGAGACCGAAAAGCAAAGAGACUAAACUUAUGCAGACUAAAAAUCACAGAGACUGAAAAUUACAGAGACUGAAAAUCAAAAAGACUAAAAAUCAAAGAGUGACUGAAAACCAAAGAUACUGAAAAUCAAAGAGAUAAAAACCACAGAGACUGAAAACCAAAGAGACUGAAAAUCAAAGAGACCAAAAACCAAAGAGACUGAAAAUCAAAGAGACCAAAAACCAAAGAGACUGAAAAUCAAAGCGAUAAAAACCACAGAGACUGAAAACCAAAGAGACUGAAAAUCAAAGUGACUGAAAAUCCAAAGAGAUUGAAAACCAAAGAGACUGAAAAUCAAAGAGAGUAAAAAUCAAAGAGACUAAAAACCAAAGAGACUAAAAACCAAAGAGACUGAAAACCAAAGAGACUGAAAAUCAAAGAGAGUAAAAAUCAAAGAGAGUAAAAAUCAAAGAGACUGAAAAUCAAAAAGACUAAAAACCAAAGAGACUAAAAACCAAAGAG